CAUGUCUCGGACAUCUGAAACUCCGAAAAAGACAAAAAAGUCGUUGGAAAUGGUUUUCAGACCACCGCCUCCUAUUCUUCGACCACGUAGUGACAUAGGUUUUCAGGCGGAUUCGAGUUCUUCCAGACGCAUAAAAAUUCUCAGUCUCGCUGAACGCGAAUCAUCCAGAAUACAGUUUCUCGAUUCGCUUACUAUAAGUAAACACCAACCCCACAAGGAUAAUGCUGAAUCUGCGAGAAAUUCUAUUCCCACUUGUUUGCCUAGUAAAAUACCUUUAAACAGGAAGUCGAAGGUAGUCAAUCAGAGUCGACCGUCAGACUUCCAUAACAACUCGAAAAGAGAAAAUCAAACAACGAAAGAAAAACAGGAAAACAGCCAUUUAAGAAAUCUAACCAAACUAAACUACCCCUCUCUUCAACCCUUUCACCCCGCGGGGAUCGAGGAGCUUCAAAAUCGGGCGAAAUGCGAGAAAUACAGGAAAAAGCUGACUCUAAACGGGGAUUUCGAGAGCGAAAAAGAAUUCCUUAUCGAAACAAAUGGCUUAAGGACAAGGGAGAACGGGGAGAGUUUUAAAGUUUCUGGAAACUCCGCGGAUGGGGAUGCGAAUUGGCAAGACCACAAAACCUUCAAGACGGGCAAAGUGUCCGACACAGACUCCGGAAUAGCAUCCCCGCUAUCCCCCGGUUCCGUGUACGGCUUCCUAGGGCACUUGGAUAAGGUUAACGGUUUCCCGAAAAAACAUUCUAUGGGUCAAACAGGAAGGGAGGAGGUUUCAGGGAAGAAUUGUUGUUGCAAAGGCGAAAGAGCACAGGUAAGUGAAUAUGCCAGCGUGAAAGGGGGAUUUUUAUUAGUUUUAUUCGAUAAAGAAAGGUUAAGAUUAGAUUAAAGGAUGGCAUGUU